AUAGAGAACACAGGACAUUUCGCACGAACGGGGAAGAAAUCACACGCCGGCGCACUUCGGACCGCACGAGAUGGCGGCGGCGCUUCCCCGAGCCGCCGCCGCCCGCGCCAAGCGAUCCGGCUCCGGCCUCCCCCUCCGCCUUUCCGUCCUCGCGGUGCGCGGGCCCUUCUCAUCCGAGGCCGCGCCGACCCCUGCCCCCGCGGCCGCGGCUGGCGGCGAGGAGGACGGCGGCGACCUGCGCGGCCGCAUCUUCCGGCUGGGACUGGCGAAGCGGAGCGCGACGGCGGCGCUCGAGAAGUGGUCCGGCGAGGGCCGCGCCGCCCCCGCCGCGGAGCUCCGCCGCAUCGCGCGCGACCUCAGCCGCGUCCGCCGCUACAAGCACGCCCUCGAGGUAGCAGACUGGAUGAAGACACAUCAUGAGUCUGAUUUGUCUGGGAGUGACUAUGGAAUGCGCAUUGACUUGAUUACCAGAGUUUUUGGUGCCAAUGCGGCUGAAGAUUUCUUUGAGAAGCUUCCAUCUGAAGCCAAAUCGCUAGAAGCCUACACGGCACUUCUUCAUUCCUAUGCUCGAUCAAAGAUGACAGACAAAGCUGAAAGGCUGUUUGGGAGAAUGAAGGAUGCAAACCUGCCCAUGGAUGCCCUGGUUUAUAAUGAAAUGAUGACCUUGUACAUUUCUGUUCGGGAGCUUGAUAAAGUUCAGGUCAUUGCCGAAGAACUACAAAGGCAGAAUGUCUCCCCAGAUCUUUUCACUUACAAUCUCCGGAUCAGUGCAGCAGUUGCUUCCAUGGACCUCGAGGGCUUCAAAGGAAUUCUCGAUGAGAUGUCAAAGGAUCCAAACUCCAAAGAAGGAUGGACGGUGUACCGGAAGCUUGCCGCUAUUUACAUUGAUGCCAGCCAGCUUGUUGCCUCAGGAAAUUCACUGGUGGAAGCCGAGGCAAAGAUCAGCCAGAGUGAGUGGAUAACCUAUGAUUUCCUCGUCCUUCUACAUGCCGGCCUCGGCAACCUGGAGAGGAUAAAGGACAUAUGGAAGUCGAUGCUCAUGACUUCUCAUCGGAUGACGAGCCGGAACUACAUCUGCGUGAUCUCCUCGUACCUGCUGUGCGAGCGGGUGAAGGACGCGGGGGAGAUCGUCGACCAGUGGCAGCGGUCCAAGGCUCCGGAGUUCGACGUCUCCGCCUGCAACCGGCUGCUCGACGCGCUUCUGAACGCCGGCCUCACCGACACGGCGGAGAGGUUCAGGGAACUGAUGCUGCAGAAGAGUUGCAUACUGACGAGCAGGGCAACUGUAGCUGAGUGCAGUGAUUGUUGAUUUUCUUGGACUCGUGUUUGCUGUGCGAUGAAGGAAUAAUAAAAGAGUUGCAUACCGCCAAUCUA